GAAGCACCGCUAGUAUAGUAUUUGUCACCAUGGGUUUUUUGUUGGGGGUAUUCCUGCUGGCCUCGACUCUGCCGAAAGCCACAGAGGCUUUCACUGACGCCCACAUCAACAUAACAAGAGAGGUUAUAAUGGAAAAAGUGACGGAAGUAUGUCGAGAGGAGUUAGAAAUUGAUGGCUUAGACUUCAACCCCAGGGAUUCCUCACCUGAGGAGCUGGUCCAAGCUUGUCUGGGGCCAAAAGCAAAGGGAGAGGUGUCCAGCGCCAAGUUUCACAAAGCCCUUCGAGAGAUCUACUACUCAAAUAAGCUUAUUGAUCGAGACUUUGGCAACAGUGCUCCACAUCACUUCAACUCUGAGGCCUUUUUGGAGGGACGCGGUAUAAUAACGGAGGGCAUGGGAGCCAUCAAGGCCAACUUGCGGUUGGGAAAUUUAAAAGCUGCCAGGGAGACUCUCGGGAGAAUCCUUCACACUCUGCAGGAUUUUUACAGUCAUAGUAACUGGGUAGAGCUGGGAAGCACAGAGCCUUACAUAAAUCUAAUCCGCCCCUACCUUCCCUUGGAAAACUUGGCAGGUGUAAACACCCCCACAUGUCGUGACUGUGACAGUGGAACAUGUUCUAACCCAAUCCUUCCCAACAUCCUGAAAGAGAAGAAACUCACCUCAGGCUACCUUGGACUCAGUUCUUCUGUAAAACCUGAAGGUAAAUGCAGCCAUGGAGGUGAGGGCGACCAGACUAGCAAAACAAUUCCACGAGGAGGCAUCAAUAAAGAUGAGCGUCGAUCGGACAAUGAAGCCCUCUUUGACGCUGCUGUGAAAGCUGCCACAGAAGCCACCAGUCAACUACUGGAGGACAUCAUCCUGACUGCAGGGAAUGAAGACUUCCUGAGAAUGAUGGGGGUGGCCCGUGCAGCUAUCUUGUCUUUUGUUAUUGACACCACCGGAAGUAUGUCAGAAGAAAUUGAAGAAGCCAGAUCUGUUGCUUAUGAAAUCAUUGAUAGCAAACAAGGAAUGCAGGAUGAGCCCUCAGAGUACAUUCUGGUGCCCUUCAAUGAUCCAGAUUUUGGACCUUUGUUCAGAACAACAGAUCCUGAGAAGAUGAAAACAGAAAUUUCCAAACUCAAAGCAAAAGAUGGCGGAGACACCCCAGAAAUGUGCCUGUCUGGAAUUCAGUUGGCCCUUACUGGAGCACCUUCAUCAUCUGAAAUCUAUGUUUUCACGGAUGCAACAGCCAAAGACAUUGCCCUCAAGGACACUAUUGAUGCUCUCAUAAGCAGCACCAAGUCAUCGCUAUCGUUCUUUCUGACCGGAAACGCUGGGAGAAGGCGGCGGCGUUCUCUUGGAGAAGGUAGCUUUGAUGACUACAAAGAUUUAGCUUUGGCAUCUGGAGGUCAGGUCAUCCAAGUUUCAAAGUCAGAGCUGCCUCAGGCCACAGAGAUUAUCCUUGACACCUCAACUUCUGCUUUGGUAACAGUUCUGCAACGAGCAAGACAUGCUGGAACUGAUGAGACCUUUUCUUUCAUGUUAGAUGAAUCACUGAAUAAUAUCACUAUUUACAUCACAGGAAAACUGAGCUCUUUCACACUCACUAAUCCUACUGGUGUGAGUCAGACUCACAAUGAGGCCAAUGGUAAACUUGGUAAAUUUCAUACUGUGGGAAACCUGUGGAGAAUCCGUCUUAAUGUCGACAGACAGACAGGAACAUGGCAGAUUAACAUCAAAUCCAGUGGGCCAUACACACUUACAGUCAGAGGUCAGAGCACAGUUACUUUCAUCUAUGACUUUGUGGAAAGCUUCUCAGGACCUCACCCGGGGUAUGCACCCCUCAGCGGGCGUCCACAAGCAGGUCAACCUGCCACACUGAUGCUCUUAGUGACCGGUAGAAAUGGUCCGUCCUCAGUGAUCGUCAAGGAUGUUGACCUUGUUAAGGUGUCCGGUACAGAGUCCAUUACCAGCAGUAAAAUAAACAACAUAGGCAAUGGGGACAUCCUUGCAACGGUUGAUGCGGUUCCUCAGGGGGAGUUUGUGAUUACUGUGAAAGGAACUGACAAAGUUUCAAACAGUGACUUCCAAAGACAGUCCACCACUCGAAUGUCCAUCUCCGAAGUUCAUAUCAAGGCUGUGGUGGACAAAAGUGUGGAGCCAGGAAAAAUCGUGACCCUCCCCUUCAGUGUCAUGACACAGGGGGGUGGUGGUUUGUACACCAUAAAUGCCAGAAAUGACCGAGAUUUCCCCAUGGCCUUCCCAACCAGCCUCACAUUAACAUCUGGACUGUACACUAAUGCCACACUGACUGUGACACCACCUGCCAACACACAGUCAGGAACAGAUGCCACUUUGACAAUUGAGGCUAAAUCCUCCAGUGGUGCUGACUCCAAUUUCAUCAUCCUGAGAAUGUCUGUUGUCACCAAGAUUACAGAUUUUUUCCCUCCGCAAUGUAAAGACGUCAUGGUCAUGGCUGAUGAUUGUCCGGAGGAUGUGUCGUUGUGUGCGCCCUAUCGGUGGGAACUCUCAGCCAACCUCACUGAUGACAACGGCACAGGAAUCGAAAGUAUCUCCUUGCGUCAGGGUAAUGGAAACCUCUCUCACACGGCGCUGACUGAUCCUGUUGUCCAAGCGUUCUACAGCGCCUCCUGCUGCUCGCAGAUUGUAGAGUUUGUUGCUUUAGAUAAAGUUGGAAAUGCAGGAAGGUGUUACCGUUCUAUAGUUCGCUCAGGUGGCCCUCCUGCUCUAUCUCUGUCACUACUGCUGUGGCUUUGCCUGCUGGUCUCAUUCUUCUCUGUGAAACCUUGACAUGUUUGGUUAUACUGAGAUACAUACUAUUAAAAACUCUAUUCUUGCAGCCAAAUCCUAAUCAGUCAAUGUCAAAAUAACAUCAACCAGUUGUCCCCUUUAACAUAAACAAUCUCUUUCUGUGUACAAUGUGUUUUUAUUUUUUACAUUGUUACCAGCAUUAUGACGAGAAUAAAACCUUUGUUGGAAGAAUACAGAAAACAUCAAUGUCUUAAGUGAGAAUAUUAAAAUAUGAGGCAUGUUCAAUCUCAAUAUAUCUGCAAUGACUAUACAACAUUGAUGAGUCCCAUACUACAUGAUUUAUCAAAAAACGCACAACUCUGUUCACAAAGUUUUGUAAAUUUUUAAACUCACUGGAUAUUGCUUUACCAAUCUCUGUGAAUGUCAUUAAAUCCAUAAACAUAAA